AUGAAGUGUCAGAUUUGGAUUCUUGCCGUCACGGCCCUUGUCGUCGCAGCCGAUUCUCCUGCUACCUACCUCUACGAGCCUCCACGCGACUCAGGAGAAAACUCCGAGGAAUACGGUCCCGCUAAAUACGACUUCGAAUGGGCCGUGAAGGACGACGACUCCGGCAACGACUUCGGCCACCAGGAAGCCCGCGACGGCGACGACACCCAGGGAUCCUACUACGUGCAGCUCCCCGACGGCCGCCUUCAGACCGUCAAGUACGUCGUGGACGGCGACGACGGGUACGUGGCCGAAGUUAGCUACGAGGGCGAGGCCCAGUAUCCGGAAUCCCACGAGAUCCGGGAAUAUUCCUCCCCGAGACGAGUUUAUUCCGCCCCCGAAUCCGAGGAGGAAGAACCCCGCGCGGCCCCAGUUUAUACUCCCCCUAGACCCCGUUACACCGCCCCGGAAUCGAAGGAAGAAGAAUCUCGCGAAACUCGUACCUACACGCCACCAAGACCUCGUUACACCGCACCGGAAUCGAAGGAAGAAGAAUCUCGCGAAACUCGUACCUACACGCCACCAAAACCCCGUUACACUGCACCGGAAUCGAAGGAAGAAUCCUUUGAAGUCCCGGUGUAUACUCCCGCCAGACGCCGCUAUACCGCACCGGAAUCGAAUGAGGAAGAAUCUCGCGAAGUCUUCAGGGCCCGCUACACCGCACCGGAAUCAAAGGAGGAGGAAUCUCACGAACACCGCGCUUACACCCCGUCAAGACCUCGCUACGCCGCCCCUGAAUCCAAGGAAGACGCCUCGCCUGAAGUCCCUGUUUACACCGCCCCAAGACGCCGUUACAGCGCCGCGGAAUCCCAGGAAUCGAAGGAAUCCUCAGGGUCCCGCUACAACAGCCAUCACUCUCAGGAAUCUCGCGAGGACCUCGAGGACGGAAAGGAUUCUAAGGAGUCGCGCGAGACGGACUUCUUCAGAGUCCCUUCCUACCUGCCUCCUCAUUCCCAGAUACUCUCCGGCUAA